AUGAAAUAAAUAUUAACAUAUACGAUCAUAUUUAAAAGACUAUAAUUGACAUUAAAUUCAGAUAUAGCGUUCAAUAUUGAAAUAAAAAGUCUAGAUAAAAAUGUGUCAUUACUUAAUUACAUGAAGAUUAAUCAUUAAUAUGAAUAAUAUAUGGAAGUGAAAUGCAUUGUUACAAAAGUAAAUCUCAAGUAUGAAGAAAAAAUUGUAAGUUUGCAGCACUUAUUGUAUAUAAGAGAAAACUUAAUGUAGUCUUAAGUGAUGGAAAGACUAAAAGGAUUGCCGGCUAUGCAAAAUUUGACAUGUCUGUUGCUCUAAAUCUAAAUAUGAGAUAAAAGGAAUACUCUAUAAAUCUAAUUUAAUGUCCUGACACAAAAGCUUUUGUUGAAUUUACUUUGUUGAUUAACUCAUUAGAUUUUUUGUAAAACAAUAAUGAUAUAGAUGUACUCAAUCCACUAUUACAAAAAGUCUAUAACCUCAAAAGCCUUGAGCCAAAACGAAAGCGAAGAAAUAAGAAAACUUAAGCUUGAAAAUGUAUAACUUAAGGAUGAAUUAAAUAAAUUAAAGUAAGAUUUAUAGAUUGUAGAAGCUUAAUAUUAAUUUUAAGGACGUUAAUACUAAUAGUUAUAAAUGUAAUUAGAAGAAAAG